AUGCCCGUUCAGAAAGAGUCCCGUGAAAAGUCCUGCUGGGUCACCUUGAUCACCAAGCCGUCUUAUCUGCCCGGUGCUGUGAUCCUUGCCCAUACUCUUGAAACUCAGGGAUCCAAAUAUCCCCUUUUGAUUCAGUAUACAUCCUCCUUGGGCAAAGAAGCUAUCGCUGCUCUCCAGGAGGAAGCAGAUAAUUAUGGUCGCAUCCAACUCCAAGAGGUUGAUUUGCUCUUGCCACGAAAAGACCAAGAGAACAAAGGCAGUGUCGCCGAGCGCUUCAAGGACACUUUCACCAAACUCCGAGCCUUUCAAGUCUAUGAGCAUGGCUACACGCGUGCCGUCUUCUUGGAUGCCGACAUGGCGGUGUUUAGAAAUCCGGAUGAGAUUUUCGAUAUUGAACUUCCAGGUCGAGAUUGGUUGGCGGCCAAUCAUUCUUGUGUCUGCAACCUGGACUACGAUGAAUGGGCCCCUGCAGAUUGGCAAAAGGGGAACUGUGCUUACACUCCCCUGACUCAUCCAGAUGAUGUGGCCGCACGAAUCGACGCUUCCAGUCGUCCAACAUAUCAGUUAUUGAACGGGGGCAUGUUUCUCUUUUACCCGACUGAAGACUUGUGGCAGAGAAUGCUCCAUCAUUUCAACACCACUGACAAGCUGAAAGAAUAUCAAUUUCCCGACCAAGACUUUCUGGCAGAUUUCUAUCGGGACAAGUGGUGCCCUGUCUCCUGGAGAUACAAUGCACUGAAGACGAUGCGAUAUUGGCAUCCUCGCAUUUGGUCAGACGAGAAACUCGUGAUUCUCCACUACAUUGUAGACAAACCUUGGGAGAGACAAGUUGGCCCCAAUGGAGUUGCCGGGCAUCUGGGGAGAGACGGCGAGACACAUGAGUGGUGGUGGAAUCUCUACCAUGGUUGGAGAAGCCAGAGGAAAGAGGAACAGAACAGUCCACUGGUGCUGUCAGCCAUGCAUCGGCUGGUCGAUACGGAGAAGCCGUUCACAGAACGUAUUCCUCUUCCUCAGAGUGUGGGUCAACCUGAAGACGUUCAGCCUUGGCCGUGA